GUGGCUUUUGGGACUACGAACGAGAGCUGCAACCAUAAACAGAUAGUUUUUACAUGGAAAUUGCAAAAGGAAACGGGAUAAAAAUAAGUUAGUCCAUCAUGUCCAAGCGCCAACGCGAUGGGCUUGAUGCCCCGGCAAAGAGGGUGGCGAAGAAUCGGUUCAAAAAGCUGGUCCGAUCCGUAAUACUGAACAUGCAGUGGCUGAAUGAGGCCACCGAGGACACGGGAAUUUCGCUGAAUGUGAAGAAGAAUGUGGCCAUGCUGGUUCGACAGAAGCGCAAAGUCGGCAUGAUGACCAUGGCGGAGAAAUCAUUACUACGCACUCCACAUUCUACACGUACCGUCGAGGACAGAAAGAAACUGUGCAACAUUGUGGCAAAUCUGGCGUGCUUUUCAAAAUUUCCACCAAAAGUCCGGGCCCGUCUUGUGCCACAUGUCAAAUUUAUGGCGGUGACUCCCGGACGCGUUAUCAUGAAGGAGGGAGAUUUUCCAGUAACGAUAUAUUUCAUAAUCGCCGGAGAAGUGGAAAUGUCCAGGAAUGUAUUAAAUAAGGCCACCAAGGGUUAUGAGCUGCAAUCGGAGGCUAUCUUUGGACCCGGCGAUUGUAUUGGCGACAUUGACGUCAUGGAAGAUGCUCCCAGGACCAACACCUACAUCGCCACAACCAAUUGUGAGCUCCUGGCUGUCUUUAAUACAAACUACCGAUAUGUCCUGCAACCUCAUAUGCAAAAGUUGUGGCUGGAAAAGAAGGCAGCUCUACGGGCUCUUGACUAUUUCAACUUUCUUAACGAAGAGCAGAUUGUAAAUGCCAGCAAGUAUGGAACCAUUCAGCAAUUCGAUCCCUUGGAGACGAUCUACACAGAGGAUUUGGGGUCCAUGAGCUUUGUCUACUUUGUUCUCAGUGGCGAGUGCGUCGUGCUGCAGUGUCUUCACAUGAAGGUGAACAUGGUCGACAGGGAGAAGGUUUUUGAGCUGGCAAUGGUACCCAAACGGGACACUGGAGCCCUCGCGAUGCAAAAUGGUAGCAAGGCCAACAACGAACCAUUUUUCGACGUUAACGAGUACAUGCAAUCCAGUUCGUCGAUGGAUGAGAACAAGCAAAGCAAGAAGAGGGGGCUGCGCAAAAUGGGUCUCAAAGAGAUACAGCGAGCCUGUGCCGAUAUGAAAAAACCCCCACCUAGAAGAUCAACCAAGGAUACAGGACGAAAUCGUCAACGAACGCGGCAUACACGACUCCUGCGGGAGGCAGAACGGCCGGAAGUGCGGGAGGAGUACGAGUUGUAUAUAUCGGAUGAGGGCGAAGACACCUACGAUAUGUCUAUGUCCGAAGAUGGCGCCGAGGAACGGUUGAGUGUUGAUUCCGGCAGGCGGUCGCCAAUUUCACCCAUCAUCAGCGAUGCAGGCGGUGGCGAUGUGGAGAGCGAGUCGGAGGAGGGUUCGGAAAUAUUCACCGCAUCGAGCCAUUCGCAUCAGACAACUGUCGAUGAAUCGGAUGGCCUGGAGCACUAUGAAACGCAUUUCAUCGACGUUGGCUCACUAACCUAUGGCGGGAUCUUCGGUUUGGGCGAGAAAAUGCAUCAUCGUGUCAUUAUGGCGAGGACAACGGUGCAGUGCAUCCUAAUACCGAGAUUCUGGCUCUUUGAGCCAGCUCAAAAUCCUGGCAACAUUUGGCAGCGACAGCGUUUCUAUAUCGAAUGCAAUAUACCAACCAGAGAGGAUUUGUUCAAGGACUUUCUCAAGACACGAAAGUGGGAGAAGUUCAGACGCGACUACAUUGAAAGCAUACUAAACUCCGAAUCAUUGGCCAACUUUACAAAGGUCGAAGAUAUACCAAUCAUAAGUCGCAUUGUGGAGACAAAAGCUGAUGAAGCUUGAGUUCCUGGCAUUUACUUGCCGUUUAUAUUUAUACAUUUGCAAGUAUUUCCAGCAUUUUUCAAAAUUUAUUGGAGCCAUGUAAAAUGGAGGUUAAGGAAUUCUUCAAUUCCAAUACCUAGAUAUCACUUAUUUACGGAAAGCAUAUUGUGAAUAUUGUGAAACAGUACUUUAAGUUUAUAAGCCUG